CGCAUCCCAAAGUCUCUCCUAUCCUUUUCCUUCUCCCUCUAUAUAUAUAUCCACUGUUGUUAUCGCAUUUUGAUUUUAGUUUUGAUUUUGAUUUUGGGCAUUUCCAUUUGAUUUUGCUUCCACACUCUAUUUGGAAGAAGAAGAAGAAGAGGAAUUAUGCAUCCAGGGGAGGAGAUUCAUCGCCGUGUUGCCACAAUUUCUGCUCAUCUCAAUCCACCAACCAAUCACUUCCAGGUGGAUGGAUCAUCGAAUUUAUGGCGUGUGGGUUGUCGCUCAAAGGGAGCGUCGCCUGGAUUCAAAGUUGCGGUGUUGGGGGCGGCCGGUGGUAUCGGCCAGCCUUUGGCGUUGCUGAUGAAGAUGAAUCCAUUGGUUUCGGUGCUUCAUCUUUAUGAUGUGGUUAACACUCCAGGCGUCACUGCAGAUAUCAGCCAUAUGGACACUGGUGCUGUGGUUCGUGGUUUCCUGGGUCAAAGUCAAUUGGAGGAUGCACUAACUGGCAUGGACCUUGUCAUCAUUCCAGCUGGUGUCCCUAGGAAACCCGGAAUGACAAGAGAUGAUCUUUUUAAAAUCAAUGCAGGAAUUGUUAAGACACUCUGUGAAGGAAUUGCCAAGUGUUGUCCUAAAGCCAUUGUCAACAUAAUCAGUAAUCCUGUAAACUCUACAGUGCCAAUUGCAGCAGAGGUCUUCAAAAGGGCUGGAACCUAUGAUCCAAGGAGACUUUUAGGUGUCACAAUGCUUGAUGUGGUCAGAGCUAAUACAUUUGUGGCUGAAGUCAUGGGACUAGAUCCACGGGAAGUUGAUGUUCCUGUUGUAGGUGGCCAUGCUGGUGUGACUAUUUUACCUCUUCUCUCCCAGACUAAACCUGCAUGCUCUUUCACCAAAGAAGAGAUUGAUUACCUUACGCAACGCAUACAGAAUGGUGGGACUGAAGUUGUUGAGGCUAAAGCUGGUUCAGGCUCUGCAACACUCUCAAUGGCAUACGCUGCUGUGAAAUUCGCCGAUGCAUGCUUGAGGGGUUUGAAGGGUGAUGCUGGCGUCGUCGCAUGCUCAUUUGUGCCCUCUCAGGUAACCGAGCUCCCCUUCUUUGCAUCAAAAGUGUUGCUAAGUCGAAACGGAGCAGAGGAGAUCUAUCCUCUCGGCCCUCUAAAUGACUACGAAAGGUCUGGCUUGGAAAAGGCAAAGACAGAGCUGGCGGGAAGCAUUGAGAAAGGCGUCGCCUUCGUGAGGAAUCAAGCAUGAAGCGUCGCGAAUCGGUAACCAUUCCAUCAAACUUCUUUAAAGUUCUUACAUGGUUUCUAUUUGCUCCCUUAAGCUAGAUUAACUUAUAAAAGUAACAAAUUGUAGUUUCAUUCAAUAAUAAUAAUAAUAAUAAUAAUCCUAAAAGAUCACCACAUAAAAAAAUAAGAUCCUUCAAUGUGUCCCUCCUACAUUGUCUUUGAUUUGAUUAUUACAGUGUUGCUGUUGUAGAAUUAUCCUUUACAGCUAGCUACUUUCCUUCAUAUAUAUAUUUAUGUGUGUGUGUGUCCGUUGGUUUCGGCUUUUGGACUUGAAUAAUUUCCUUCCCUUUCCACAUUGCAAUGAAAAAAGAAAUGUGCUUUUCAGAUA